CGGGGCUGGCCGGGCCGGGCCGCCGCCGGCGCCGCGGGGCUCCCGGGGGGCGAAGUUCCCGUGGCGGCGGCUGAGCCGCCCCGAGUCACUUCCUGCGGGCGGCCGCGGGGCCGCGGGCGCGGGGCGGAGCUCGGCGGGGCUCGGCGGGCCGGGGCCGGGGCCGCGGGCGCUUCGCCGCCAGCCGCGGCCGACGAUGCGGCGGAGCCGGGCGCCGCGCCUGGCGCUGGCCGCCGGCCUCGGCUCGCUCCUGCUCGUCCUCUUCUACUUCCAGAGCAGCCUUAGCCCAGAAAAAACAUAAUUCUCCAUUUUGAAACUCAUGAUGUGAUUCCUUCUGUGGAAGCUGACUCCAGGGCUGCACAACCCCCAUGGUUACAAACCUUGUCAUGUGGAAAUUGUCAUGACAUCUGCCAAUGGAGAGAGUCAGAGCCAAGAAGCAGAGGCCUCUGAAGAUAUGAGAUCCACCUGGCAAGGCAAGGCUGGUCGCAGCCCACUCCAGGCCCUAUAUGAGAGUGACCAGUUUGAGCAGUCAUCCCUGCAGGCUGUUCACCAGCAGAGACGGGAGAUGUUGAGCAACGUGUGCAGCCGUUACACCCGCAAGCGGCGUCUCCUGCAGCCGGAUGACUUGCGGCACUUGGUGGUGGACGACACGCACGGGCUGCUCUACUGCUACGUCCCCAAAGUGGCCUGCACUAACUGGAAGCGGGUGAUGAUGGUCCUGACGGGGCAAGGCAAGUACCAGGACCCUCUGGGAAUCCCCGCCCAUGAGGCCCACGUCCCCUCCAACCUGCGCACCCUCUCUGAGUACAGCGUUCCCGAGAUCAACUACCGCCUGCGCAGCUACCUCAAGUUUGUCUUCGUGCGGGAGCCCUUUGAGCGCCUGGUCUCGGCCUACCGCAACAAGUUCACGCUCAGCUACAACACGGCCUUCCACAAGCGCUACGGGACCAAGAUCAUCCGGCGGCACCGCCGGGAGCCCAGCGACCGCGCCCUAGAGCGUGGGGACGACGUGCGCUUCGAGGAGUUUGUGUACUACCUGCUGGACCCACGGACGCAGCAGGAAGAGCCUUUCAACGAGCACUGGGAGCGGGUGCACUCGCUCUGCCACCCCUGCAUCAUCCACUACGACGUGGUGGGCAAGUAUGAGACCUUGGCCGAAGACGCCAACUACAUCCUGCAGCUGGUGGGAGCCGACACGAGCGUCAAGUUCCCGGCUUCGUCCAAGACCACCAGGACGACAGACGACAUGACAGCCCAGUUCUUCCAGGACAUUAGCCCCUUCUACCAAAGGAGACUCUUUAAUUUAUACAAAAUGGACUACUUGCUAUUCAAUUACUCCAUCCCCUCGUACCUCCGCAUCCGAUGAGGCAGGGCCUAUGGGGGAAGAGGUGAGCGAGAGCUGGAUAACUCUCAUCUUGCCACAAUUCCUCUCCUCCUACCUUGUGCUCAUCUCUUGGUUGACUUCUUUGCUGUGCCCUUUUAUUAGGGUCUGCUCCACCUCCUGAUGCCUUGUUCAUGCAUGAUCUGGAGGAAGAACACUUGUGAAAACACUGGGGCUGAAGCUUUUCCUUCCCUUUCCCUUCCAGCCUUCAAUAUCUACAGGGAAUGGUGAUGGGACUGGACACUUCUUGCCUUGGCUGAAGACUUUCUUUUAACUAAGAGACUCCUCUGUAGAUCCAAAUAUUGGGAAGGCUCCUUUUUUGGGCAGGUCCCCUUCAGGUCUUUCUCCUCCUUACUGUUUGUGCUGUUUGGAGGCAGACAUGGAGUCUCAGGGGUCAGAGUGGAGUGUAUCAGAGACUUGCAUAGAACCAGAAAUAAAGCAAUAAUUUAAUGUAACUUUUUCCU